CCGGAGCAGAAGAGCCUCGGGAUGGAAGCUGCGGCAGCUUCCUUCAAAUGCUACAAACUGAACUCAAAGGGCAAAAGUCGUUUGCAACCAAUUAAUGCAUUGGAGAGGAAGAGGCUGAAGCUUUCCCUUCCCAGGAGACUCAGGCAAAAGCAAGCUGCUGCAGCCUCUCCUUUCUGCCUUGUUCUUCCUCGUUCGUAACGUUUGCCGUCUUGACCAGUCUCCAAUGUUGCUUGGCCACAGAUCCCAGGUUUCAUCUCUGACAUUUUGAAGGUUUUUCAGGGCUUUCUUCUCCAAAGCUUGAGCUGCUCUCCAGGCGACUUGGCUUGCUUGCGCUGAGCUCCACAAGAUCCUGACUCUCUCGGUGCUGAGGCCCGGAUCCUGCUGUUCCAACACGGCAAAGGUUGCUCAAGGCUGGGACUUUGCAUCUGCUGCAUGAUCUCUGCAUUUGGGUUGAGGUCUUCCUCCUCUGGCGCCCCAUGGGGCCUCUUUUGUCCUGAGCAUCCCCAUGCUGUGCCCAUUUGCCAGAGGUCAGGGGGACCCCUUGGCCAUGCCUUCCCUGGGACCUUCUGCCCUCUUUCUCCUUCUCCUCUCUUCAGUGGGUUCGGCCAACCAGCCCCCCAACUUUGUCCUGAUUUUUGCGGAUGACCUGGGCUUUGGGGAUCUGGCCAGUUAUGGCCAUCCGACCUCCGCCACGCCGAACCUGGACAAGAUGGCUGCCAGUGGCCUUCGCUUCACUGACUUCUACAGCAGCAGCCCAGUUUGCAGUCCGUCACGGGCUGCCCUGCUGACAGGACGCUUCCAGACCCGCUCCGGCGUCUAUCCUGGGGUCUUCUACCCGGGGUCCCGAGGAGGCCUUCCUUUGGCUGAAGUGACCGUGGCGGAGGUGCUGAAGGGCCGGGGCUAUGCCACCGCCGUGGUGGGCAAGUGGCACCUGGGAUUCGGACCCAAUGGCACCUUCCUGCCCACAAACCAAGGGUUUGACCACUUCUUUGGUGUGCCUUACUCCCAUGACCAGGGACCGUGCCAGAACCUGACCUGCUUCCCUCCAGACACACGAUGCUUUGGGACCUGCGACCAAGGAGUGGUCACCGUCCCCCUGAUUUGGAACCAGACUAUAGUUGAGCAGCCGCUCUCCUUCCCUCGCCUCCAGCCCCGCUACAAUGCCUUUGCCCGGGACUUCAUUGCUGACUGUGCGCGGCGCAACCAGCCCUUCCUGCUGUAUUAUGCUUCCCACCAUACGCACUACCCCCAGUUUGCAAGCCAAGAGUACACUGGUCAGUCGCCCCGGGGGCCUUUUGGAGACGCUCUCCUUGAAUUCGAUGGGUCGGUGGGGCACCUCUUGCAAGCCUUGCAGGUCAAUGGGGUGCAGAAGAAUACCUUGGUCUUCUUCACUGCUGACAACGGCCCUGAGACCAUGCGCAUGUCCCGGGGCGGCAGUUCUGGCAUCCUCAAGUGUGGCAAAGGCACCACCUAUGAAGGAGGAGUGAGGGAGCCGGCUGUGGCCUACUGGCCUGGACGCAUCACUCCGGGCGUCACCCAUGAGAUGGCCAGCACCCUCGACAUCUUGCCAACGCUAGCAGCCAUGGCUGGCGUGCCCCUUCCCAAUGUGACUUUGGACGGAUACGACCUCAGCCCCGUCCUCUUUGGAAGCGGGAAGAGCCCCCGCCGGGUGAUGUUCUACUACCCACCAUCCCCGAACCAGUUGCUGGGUGUCUUUGCUGUCCGCUACCAGAAGUACAAAGCCCACUUCUUCACUCAAGGUGCCUUCCACAGCGGCAUGACUCCGGACGCCGACUGCCAAGGAACCGCCCUAUUGAAGGCCCAUGACCCCCCACUGCUGUUCGACCUGGAUUCGGAUCCUGCUGAGAACUACAACCUCCUCCAGGGAAGCACCGUGGGGCCAGACGUUCUGGCUGUCCUCAAGGAGACCCGCUUCCAGAAGGCGCUUUUUGACAAGCAGAUGGAGUUUGGGGAGAGCCAGCUUGCAAGGGGCAUGGACCCCUCUCUCGAACCCUGCUGUGCCCCCCAAUGUGGCCCAAAACCCUCAUGCUGCAGCUGUGCAUCAACCUCUUAGCCCUUGUUCCCUCCAGGGCUUGGAAAAGUUCCUUUUAACAGGCCGCAACUUUGCAAAAAGUACAGUCAGCCCUCAGUAUCCAUGGAUGGAUUCAAGCAUCCACAACUUGAAAAUGUUCAGAAAAAUGUUCAGAUUGACCUGAAUUGAUUCAAGAGCCGGGUCAAAACUAACAAAAUGAAUUUCAGCAAAGAGAAAUGCAAGGUACAGCCAGCCCUCCAGGUCCUCAGAGGCAAACAUCCAUGGCUUGCAAAUAUAUAUUCCAAAAAGCAAACC